AUGGGUGCUGGAAACUCUAAGCCUGAGGCUUCGGCUGGCUCACAACAUGUGUUCUCCAGCAACUCUCCCGUCCAAUUCUCCUCCAACCUAGUUGAGGCCCUCCAAUCGAACUCAGAGUCCGACUCCACCCGCACCAAAGCCCUUGAGUUGGAGAUCCAAAACCGCGUCGCGCAGGAACUGCAACGCAUCCGCGAACGCGAGCAUCAGACCCUCGUCGAGAUCGAGAAGCGCAUCGCCGAGUCCAAAGACACCAUCUCUCUGCCCAUCACCGCAGCGACCGCGCCCCUCGCCCCCUCCACCUCGGGCUACCCAGCCGGGUCUCUGAACCUCGACGCCCCGCGGAUCCCCUUCGCCGGCCGCCACCACGACCCCGUGCCCACAGUUGCCGCCCCGGAGCCCACUAUCGAACAGCCCGUCACCAAGCGCGAUAUCUCGCGUGACGCCGUGGCUGCGGAGAUCGAGCAGCUGCGCACCAAGCUUGAUGGACGGAGGAAGCUUACCGAGCUGGAUGAUGGCGUUGCCAAGGCCCGCGCCGAUGUCACUAGCUGUCUGCAGUUGAAUGACCGACGGCCGUUGAACUGCUGGGAGGAGGUUGAUGCUUUCAAGCGUGAGGUUGCGCGCCUGGAGGCUUCUUUCGUGGAUCGCAUUGUGGGUUAG